GGAAAAACGUCCAGUGUUAGAAACACAGCGCAGCUGCUUUAUCUCGGCUGGCACAAGUUUAUCUUGUUUCUCAGCGCAAUCUCUCAGCCUGGUGCAAAGUGGGAAGGAACUUUGAAAGACAUCGCCUUACUGUUUUAAAUAAUGACGUAGUUGUGCAAAUCUUGGGUAACGGCCAUGCUGUCGCAUAACGGGACGGGUUGAGGCUACGGGCAGCGCGCGGCUUUUGGGUUUUUGAGCAGACCGUUUGGCAUCGGAGCUGCGCGAUCGUCUCGAUUCUGCUCACAACUUCGUACAGGCUUCCAUAUUGAAAACCAUAAUGUCCCUGUUAACUGACACCAUCGGUGGUGAUGGAGGCAGCGAGUUUGAAUUUAAUGGGAUUGACAAUGGUGCUAUACUGGAGAAGAUCGGAGUGUGGGUCGGUCCCUUUCAGGUAAAGGCUCUGAGUGUGCAGCUCUCAGAUGGACAGACUAAAGAGUUUGGGAUUUACUCCGACUCUUACCCGUACAGUGAAUUUAAGUUUGACCCCGGAGAGUUCUUUACCUCUCUCUCGCUGUGGGGAAAUGGAAAAGGGUCCCGCUUGGGAGCUAUCAAGUUCAAAACCAAUAAGGAGAGGAAUUUUUUUGCCAAAAUGACACAGUGGGAAUUGAAAACUGAAUGCCCCAUGGAUAUUGGAUCCGGAGUUUGUCUGGGAGUGGAAGGUAGAGCAGGUGCAGACAUUGACUCUUUAGGUUUCGUGUUCAUCAACUCCAUCAAAUCAGUUGUAAUGAAAGAUGUAACAUACCCAACUUUACAUCACAUGAUUCCUAAUGUAAAUGUGGAAGAAAUUAAAUCAAUAAGCUACAGGAACAGCUCCACGGUUGAGGAACAACACACACUGGAGACCGCAAGUAAAAUCACCAGAACAUCUUCCUGGUCCACUGGCAGUGCUAUGGAAUCUGCUUAUAACAUGUCUAUUCAAGCUGCUAUUCCAGAAUUUAAUUUGAUAGAUAAUGAAUUCAGCUUGACGUUGGGAACCCCUUCGACCUAUGAGUUAGAAAGUAGUGACGAGAAAACAGAAAACCUCAUCUACAUUAUCAAGGUUCCUCCGGGGAAAAGCAUGGAUGUGCGUGUUACCUUUGGAAGAGCAGACAUUCAUCUUCCCUAUAAGGCCACUGUUGAAGUUACCUGCAUCGAUGGCACCACCUACCAGUAUGAGAAAAGUGGCAUCUAUAAGGGGGUUGCUUACACCAAUGCAAAGGUAGAUAUGCAGGAAGUCCCUUAAGCAUCUCACAUUACUGAACUUAUCUUUAACGUCACAUACACGGUAGUUGAUUUCUUUGAAUGGGGAUUUGAAUCUGCACUUUGCCAUUCAUCAUAAUAUCCUUAUUUUGCUUGUAAAGAAAAUUUUGUAAUGAACUCUGGAUCUGGACCUUGGAGAGACAUGCUCCUCCUCAGGGAGCGGCAGACUAUUUGAGGGGUUGGGAAUAACUGGAGAUGACAUCUAUAAAGCAACCCCUUGAAUGGCAGGUAGGGAGAAGCGGGCACAUAUACAUCACUUAGAGAGCACAUCAGACGCAUCGUCCAGCUGUAAUAGCCCACCGGCUGGAAUGUGAAGCUGCCAGAGGACCAUGGAGGGGGAACAGUGUAGUAGGUGUGUACGAGCAGAUAAAGAGACAAGGUAGCUGGAAUCACAAAGCACCAUCAAACACCUGUAUGGCGCCGGUGGAGGCAGGCUGAAGAAACCACAAAGGUCCACUCCAACGAGCAGCGUAAAGAGACAUGUUCAAUUCCUCCAUCUCUCACACCCUUGAGUCGUUAUAAUAUUACAUUUUCAGACCAAAAAAAAAAGGUUUAUGAUUCAAGUUUUUCUGUUCAUUUUCUUUUGAAACGUAUAAACGUCAUGUUCACACUUUGUAAAUAACACUUAUUAUAAUGUGUGUUCGUGUAGUGUGCAAAGGCACCUAUUGUCAUGUCUGUCUGUAAGACUCUCAGAGCAUCCAUUUUGUUGAAACUUGGUAAACUUGAUCUGUAAAAACAUUUCUUUCAGUUUUAAAUGAGACGUCUUCAAUAAAGCACAUUGAACACCA